CCUCAAAUAACUAAUGCCAUUCUUGCAUGUUUAAAUUAGUAAAAUUUCCUAUUAGCGCUUCAAACUGUCUUUCAGGAUACGACUCUGCACAAGUGUUACUGAAAGUGAAGUAUCUCGAGCCACGAACCUUUUAAAAACAAAUAUGCUGUUACAGCUUGACGGGUCCACCCCCAUCUGCGAGGACAUUGGGAGACAGAUGUUGUGUUACAAUCGUAGAAUUCCAAUUCCUGAACUUGAAGCAAGAAUUGAAGCUAUUGAUGCCCGGACCAUAAGAGAGAUUUGCACAAAGUACAUUUAUGAUAAGUGCCCUGCCAUCGCUGCUGUGGGUCCGAUUGAACAACUUCCAGAUUACAACAGAAUCCAUAGUGGCAUGUACUGGCUACGUGAUUAGGAACACAUGAUAAAUGUUUUAAUGAAGAUACCAGACUUCUAAAGCAGUUGUCACAAGGCAUAAAGACAAACAUAUUUGAUCUCUUCCCCUCUCCCCCCAAA